AUGCAGAUUGUCAAGUGCAUUCUCUGGCUGAGCUGUCUCCUGCUCUUGGGCUCCAAUACCAACGGACUUACAAUCGAUGGAAUCCUAGAUUGCGUGCAGACUGGGGCUAACUCGGUCCAUUUUCUCGCUAGUCUGGCCGUACCUGAACUGAAGUACACUGCGGCGUGUUUGAACUUUGUUCCAGACGACGCAACCAACUUAGACUUACAAAAAUUUGUUGACCUUAUUUACAAGUUUUUUCAACGAUUAUUUCAGAAGGAGAAGUGCCUGUCGACCUUGAUAAAAAACAUUAAUGCAGAAGUGCAGCCAGUUUUGCAGAAAUUGAUCGACAAAAAUUGUUUUCCAAGAAAAAGUUAA